AUGGCCCCGAGCAGGAAGAUGGUGUAUUUUGUCUUUGUCUUUGUCUUCAUUUUGGCUCAAGGUCCAUCAGGGUGCCAGGCAGGACUUGAGCAUUCCCAGCCAUUCCCUGGAGGUGAGUUUUCCGCCUGCGAACAGUGCAAGCUGGGCCGGGGCAAGUGCAGGAGGGUGUGCACCGAGGACGAGAAGGUGGUGGGCAACUGCAAGCUCAACUUCCUCUGCUGCCAGCGGAGGGUCUCCUGA